UUGCUCGAUCAGUAACAAGAUUUGUCGAUAAACAUUAAUUUCGCCAAAUAUAUCGUGUUUGAAUUAAUAAUUUUCAAAACUAAUUAGUAAUGCGAUUAAAUGAAUUGCCUGGAUAUGUACGAUAUUGUGUCAUGAUUUAAUGUCAAGUAUACGAACGAUAUGUGAUUCUAACCUCCUCGUUGACAGAUCUGUUUACAUUAGGAGCACUUUCUAUUUUUUUUCGUUAUUAAAAUAAAAUAAUCGCUUAUAUCGAAGAAAGAAAGAAAAACGAAAGGUAAAGCGUAGACGAUUCGGCAAAAGAAACCUUCGAACCUGACGUUUUGUCGUCUGCUACGAGAGACACCGUAAAUGCCGUAAACCGUAACCCAUCUUAAAAUGGCACAAGUGUUGUACGGAUUACUUAACAGACGUAUUUAUUUUCUGUCUAAACAUAGCAAAAGAUUCGCUGGCCAUAGCAAAUGGGCAAAUAUAAAACAUGCAAAGGAAGAAAAGGAUAACGAACGAAUGUUGUUGUUUCAUCAUCUGAAGAUGCAAAUGACAGUUGCUAUAAAAGAGGGUGGCAGUGCAAAGCCUAGUCAUAAUUUAAAAUUAUCACAAAUUAUCGAACGAGCUAAAAAGGCCAACAUGCCAGUGGCAUCGAUAAAGUCUUAUCUUGAGAGAAUGGAGUCACGUAAGAACAAGACUAAGACAGGUAUACAGGAAGUUCGUGGACCAAAUGGUUACGUCAUGCUUGUGAGCUAUACAACAGACAAUCCUAAGUUAUUUGAACUAGAACUUAAUUCAAAACUUAAAAAGACCAAAGGAAAAGCUACAGAUACCGCUGCCAUAAAGAUGUUUAGUCACAUAGGUAGUAUCAUAGUUGAAAAGAAAAGUAAUUUGGAUCAAGCUAUGGAGGAUGCCAUUAAUGUUGGUGCAGAAGAUGUAGAGGAAUUCAAAGAAAAUAAUACAGAAUACUUCCAGUUUAAAUGUGAUCCAAAGCAUUUGAGCAAGGUAAAACAUCUUUUAGAAGAGAAAGAAUACUGUGUGCUUUCAGCAGAAGAUGAUUAUGUACCAAAUAUUGUAAUACAAUUAAAUGAGUCAGAUUUGGAAGCCAUUUCUCAUAUUCACGAAAAAGUUUUAAGCUUAGAAGAUGUUAAUCAUAUACAUGACAAUUUACCAUAAUUUAUGAUGUUAAUUAAAAAUGUAUAUAAUAAAAAAAUAUCAAUCACUUGUA